UUGGUGGAUGAUGGCUUCUCUUGCUUAAAACGAUGUCAUCCGAAUGAUCCAGUUUGUAUAAGUAAUCAUACUCGCGAAAUACUUUAUCAAUUCAGAAACCUGCCAGCUACAAAACAUAUCAAAUAUCCAGUAGAAAUUUCUCGCGUGAGAGCCCAAAUGGAUACGCCAUUUUCAGUAAAAUAUAGGAUUGAUCGAGCAAAUCGAAAUUUAUUUAUUGUACAACAAGACCGAAAUAUCGGGAUUAUAAAGCAAAUAGCGCCUAUAGAAGGAAAAGAAACAGUUGAAGUGAAGUUGCACAUGAAUACCUACUCGCGAUCUAACGUUCUCUUAGCUCACAAUGUUGCCAUUAUAACGGUGUAUGUUUCACCGCAUAUCUUUUAGUC